UCAUUGGAGCUCUGCGUAAGGUCUGGCUGACCCGGACUUGCCUGUGGGGUGUGAUGGACUUGCCGGGGCGAGUCCCCUGCAGUUGGCAGGAGUAUGGGGCGGAGUGGUGCACGUCCGGGUGCCCAGCAUCUUGCUAGUUGUCGAAGACGGCGCUUUGGAACGCCCUCUGCCCGGGACUGCGUUCCCGAUCUGGGAGACCCUAGAACUACACUGCACGGCCAGUGAGAGGUCCCCAAGGACGGAGUCGAAAGGUCAUACUUUAUCUCUCAGUGCUGGUGACAGCAUCGUGACGGGACCUGCAGAAUCUCAACUCGAUCCGUAAUGCCUCCUGCCUCGUUCUUUCAAGAUGGAGGGGAAAACCAUGGGAGAGACUACUCAAGUGGUGUCUAAAUUCAAACUCUCCACCAAGGUAGACAGCAGUGGACACUGGCUGGUGGAAGAUCAUGCUCGAAUAUGGGAAGUCUUAAAGACAGAGGAGGUUGAAGGGAACCAGCUGCCUCCAGGACAUACCGUCAGUCAGUAUGAGACCUGUAAAAUCAGGACCAUAAAAGCUGGCACGUUGGAGAAGCUUGUGGAGAACCUACUGACAGCUUUUGGGGACAAUGACUUUACCUACAUCAGCAUUUUCCUGUCCACAUACAGAGGCUUUGCCUCCACUAAAGAAGUGCUGGAGCUGCUGCUGGACAGAUAUGGAAACUUGACAAGCCCAAGCUGUGAAGAAGAUGGAAACCAAACUUCAUCAGAGUCCAAGACGGUGAUUAGAAAUGCAAUUGCCUCAAUCUUGAGGGCUUGGCUUGACCAGUGUGCCGAAGACUUCCGAGAACCCCCUCAUUUCCCUUGCUUGCAGAAACUGUUGGAUUAUCUCAAACGGAUGAUGUCAGGCUCUGACCCCGAAAGAAGAGCACAAAAUCUCCUCGAGCAGUUUCAGAAGCAAGAAGUGGAACCUGACAAUGGGCUUCCCAGCACCAUGUCAUUCAGCCUGGAAGAGGAAGAGGAACUGGAGGUUGGAGGGUCAGCAGAAUUCACGUUCUUCUCCGAAGAUCUUGUGGCGGAGCAGCUGACCUAUAUGGAUGCACAACUGUUCAAGAAAGUGGUGCCUCACCACUGCCUGGGCUGCAUCUGGUCUCAAAGGGAUAAGAAAGAAAACAAACAUUUGGCUCCUACAAUCCGGGCUACCAUCUCUCAAUUUAAUACCCUCACCAAAUGUGUCGUCAGCACCAUCUUAGGGGGCAAAGAACUGAAAACGCAGCAGCGAGCCAAAAUCAUCGAGAAGUGGAUUAACAUUGCUCAUGAAUGUAGAAUCCUGAAGAACUUUUCCUCCUUGCGGGCCAUCGUUUCGGCAUUGCAGUCUAAUUCCAUCUACCGACUGAAAAAGACUUGGGCUGCCGUCCCAAAGGACCGAAUGCUGAUGUUUGAAGAACUUUCAGAGAUUUUCUCAGACCAUAAUAACCAUUUGACCAGUCGGGAACUACUGAUGAAGGAAGGAACCUCCAAAUUUGCAAACCUAGACAGCAAUGUGAAAGAAAACCAGAAGCGGACUCAGAGGCGACUUCAGCUCCAGAAAGACAUGGGUGUGAUGCAGGGAACUGUGCCUUACCUGGGCACCUUCCUCACUGACCUGACCAUGCUGGAUACAGCUCUGCAGGACUACAUAGAGGGUGGCCUGAUAAACUUUGAGAAAAGAAGAAGGGAAUUUGAAGUGAUUGCCCAGAUAAAGCUAUUACAGUCUGCCUGCAACAGCUAUUGUAUGACCCCAGACCCAAAGUUCAUCCAGUGGUUCCAGAGACAGCAGCUCCUGACAGAGGAGGAGAGCUAUGCCCUCUCGUGUGAGAUUGAAGCAGCCGCCGACACCAGUACCACCUCGCCCAAGCCUCGGAAGAGCAUGGUGAAGAGGCUGAGCCUGCUGUUUCUGGGUUCAGACAUUAUCACCAGCAGCACUCCCACCAAAGAGCAGCCCAAGUCCACUGCCAGCGGGAGCUCCGGCGAAAGCAUGGACUCCGUCAGCGUGUCUUCCUGCGAGUCGAAUCACUCGGAGGCUGAGGAGGGCUCUAUCACUCCUAUGGACACACCUGAUGAGCCCCCCAAAAAGCUCUCCGAAUCCUCCUCCUCGUGUUCCUCCAUCCACUCCAUGGACACAGCUUCCUCAGGGAUGUCGUCCUUAGUCAAUCCCCUCUCCUCUCCUCCGACCUGCAACAGCAACCCCAAAAUCCACAAGCGCUCCGUCUCCGUAACAUCCAUUACCUCGGCAGUGCUUCCUCCUGUUUACAACCAGCAGAAUGAAGACACCUGCAUCAUCCGUAUCAGCAUAGAAGACAACAACGGCAACAUGUACAAGAGCAUCAUGUUGACGAGCCAAGAUAAAACCCCAGCUGUGAUCCAGAGAGCAAUGCUGAAGCACAAUCUGGACUCGGACCCGGCCGAGGACUACGAACUGGUGCAGGUCAUCUCAGAGGACAAAGAGCUAGUGAUCCCGGACUCCGCAAAUGUCUUUUAUGCCAUGAACAGCCAAGUGAACUUUGACUUCAUUUUACGCAAGAAGAGCCCCGUGGAAGAGCAAGUGAAACUGCGUAGCCGGACCAGCUUGACAUUACCCAGGACAGCUAAACGGGGCUGCUGGAGUAACAGGCACAGCAAAAUCACCCUCUGAAAGAAGGGACCCAGCGCCCUUGCUUACCAAGGGCAGAGUGGAGCUAAGAAUGGACAGUCAUGAUUACAACUACCAACCAGUGUUAAAGGAUUGUUGGUGAAGUCUACAGAUAUUUAUUAACUGUGUGCA